AUGCUCAGCAUCAAGUUCAAAUCUAUGACAGCAGCACAACAUAAUGCUCAAACAAUGCAGCAGCUUGGUCCUCCACAUUUAAAUCAAGGAGCAAUGACACAUCAAUCACAAACUAAUCAAAAUCCUUUAGGACAUCAGCCAAUGCAAUCAACACAUCAACCACAACUACUUCCUAAUCAACAACACGCUUCUGCUAUGCAGCAAAACUUAUCAGGAAAUACUUCUAUGCAAACGCAAAAUCAAAAUCUACAGAAUAUUUCACACAGCAUGCCACAUCAAAUGAGUGGUUACCCUCAAUACUCAAAGCAUGCAAAUCCUGGUGCAGUGGGAGCAGGAAGUCCUCAAUAUAGAACACCAUUCCCACAACUUUCACCUCAAAUGUCACCAAGACCGCAAAUGUCACCAAGACCCCAAAUGUCUCCAAGACCUGUUAUGUCACCGGCAAAACCUAGUACACUGUCACCUCAUCCACAUGUUGCAACAUUGAGCCCGAGGCCAGCUUCAAGUUUAACACCAAAAGCAGCAACAUCUUCGCCAGUUCCACCAACGUCAUAUGCGCCGCAGAGCACACUGCAAGCAUUAGAACAAAUGGUGAUGCCUCCUAGUAAUGAUUAUCCUUAUCGACCCUCUUUAGGUCCCCCUCAAAAUAUGGCAAACCCAUUAUCACCAUCUUUGGGACCAAGGAUGCCUAUGUCACCACAACAUCACUGGCAAGCAAGAGCAUCGCAUCAUUUAAAUGGUAGCAUGGGCCAUAUGGACCAUAAUAUACAACAAAAUAUUCCUAUUUCACAGACAUUGAAUCCAACACAGUUGAAUCAUACACCUGCUUUGAAUCCAUUUUCUACAGAGGACAUUAUGGACAAGCCUGCAGCUGUUCCAACUGAUACAAGUCAAAUGAGUACUCCUAGUGAACAUAAUCAAAGUGACAUUCAAAAUUCUUCAAUAUCUCAGAAUCAGAAUAUGUCCUCUCCAAGCAAUUCAAGUGUAUCAAAUUUACCUACAAUAGCUACAUCGACAUCAGAUUUGGAUUCUUCCAUUCAAAAUCCCAGAGUUCAUGAUGACAAUGUUCAGAAUUCAACCUCAGAUGCGAAAGCACAGGAAACGAAUAGCAAUGACUCAUCUACUUCUAUGAAGCCUUCUUCCAAUCAGCAAAAUACUGGCAGCUCUUACACCGAUUUCUCUCAGACCAACAUGGGCUAUCAACCCAAUAAAGUUGAUGAUAUACCAAGCUUUUCAAGUGAUAAUUCAGGACCUGAGAACUCAUUGCAAAAUCAAACACAAGGUGCUUUGAACCAACAGAUGCAAUCACAACUUUCAAUUAUGCAACAAACUGGGAUCAAUUCACCACAACAAAAUUCAAACCAGGGCAGUAAUAGUUUGCCAUCGAUGCAAAGCGCACCUCAGGUUGUGCCAUCUUCCACCUCCACAUCUUUGCCAAAUAAUCAGCAAUCAGCACAAACUGCUAAUAUGCUUCCUACAAGUAUUCAAAAUAAUCAUGCACCGAGUUCGCAUUCUUUACCAUCAUCAAUGCUCGAAUCACAAAACUCUCAAUCUUCACUGACUGCAUCUAGCAUGCCUCAAUCACCACAUGCUCCCAGCGUACCAGGAAGUCAAAUGACUACACCAUCCAUGAAUCAAUUAGUAACAUCUUCAAACACAACUGGCAGUCAAAUGAAUCCUGUUACUAGCAUGACACCGAAUAAUCAACAACUGCCUGGACAUCAACAACCUCUACAAGGUAUGAAUGUUCCUCAAAAUACAAAUAUACCCUCAUCAUUACCUCAGAGUCAUGUGAAUAAGCCAAUGCCUCCACAUAUGCUCCCCAACAUGGCCCAAAAUCCAUUGCAGCCUUCGAUGGCUCCAAGUAUGCAGAGUCAAAUGGCGCCGCAAAUGAAUCCUAAUAUACAAUCUGCAAUUCCAGGAAUGCAUUCGUUACCUCCGCAUUCACAACCUCAUGUGUAUGAUCCGAAUAUAAUGGGUGGUAAUACUGGAAUGCCGAUGGUACGGCCUCCUGUGAUGCCUAUGGGCCAUGGUAUGGGUAUGAUGGGACAUGCCGGUAUGAUUGGACAUGCAGGAAUGAUGAAUGAAAUGAACACAGGUUAUCAGCCGCCAAUCAGCCAUCAUCAAGAACGAGCCGCGUUGCAACAACAGAUACAAGAGUUGUAUUGCAUGCCACCAGCUCCGGAGCAUCAAGAAAAGAUUAUGCAUUUACAAGAAAGACUCAAUAUUUUGCAACAGCAUGAAACAAACGAACAAUGCAACGGUGGUCCACAGUGUAUUUUGCAAUCACCACUGUUUGCAUCACCUAUGAUUGAUAGUCCACAAGUCUCUAGCACAACAGGUCGAGGAAGGGCUAAGGGAGCAGCUAAACCACGUAAACCAAGACAGAAGAAAUCUGAAAAGAAUUUGCCAAUACCGCAGCUACCAUUAUCCGAAGAUUGUGUUACACCUGGUGCGGGUAUUAUUAUGACGCCUACGGACAUCACAGAUCUAGCUGAUGUUUCUCAAAAUGAUUUUAGCUUAGAACAAUCAUCAGAUUUAGAUACAUCAACAGAGUUGAAAUUGAAGAAAGCCCGAACGCCAAAGAAACCGCGGGAACCGAAAAAACCCAAGGAGCCUAAGCCACCAAAGGAACCGAAACCACCAAAGCCUCCUAAGGAACCAAAACCACCGAAGGAGCCAAAACCGCCCAAAGAACGUAAAAAGAAAGAACCGAAAACACCUGGAAGCACUCCAAAACGUAAAAGCAAAAAGAAGAAAGGAGAAUCUAGUGAUGAAGCAGUGGAUAUCGAUUCUUCAGCACUGUCAAUUGAGGGUGGUAAUGAAAGUUCUUUAAAUAUGAUGGAUAUGUCUCAAGAAAAUAUAAUUGCAAGUGAUGCUGCUCCUAAAUCAGAGGCCACCAUAGAUGCCGAUGAGGUAACUGAUUUCGAUGACAUACCAGUAUCAAAAAUUGCUGUUAAACCACGAAUUGAUGAAGCUGAUGCUGAUACUGAUGCAGUUACUGCAGAUACUGCAGAUAAUGAAGAGAUUACUACGCCUAAGAAAUCUAAAAAAUCAUCUUCAAGUAGGAGUAAUAGAAAUCGUAGUAGUGUGGGUGGCUCUAAGGCAAGAAGUUCGCGUUCAGGCACAGGUGGAAGAAAACGCCGACGCGGUGGUAUCGUACCUGAAUCUGAUGGCGAGCCGGAUGAUUUAAUAACAACUCCACCACCUUCACCUCCUUUAAAUGACGAGGCUGAUAGUUCCAAGCGCAGAUCAGCUAGAAACACUCAUCGUAAGAAAUACGUCGAUGAUGUGAUGCUACGAUUCUCUGAUGAAGACAGUCCUCUAGUGGCGUUGGCUUCACCAGUAAAACAAGAAAAAGAUGUUAAACCAAAAGAGACUGUUGCAAAAGAGAAGAAAGAAGCUGCUGCUAAAGCCAAGGCGGAAGAAAAAGAAGAAAUUGUUAAUAAACCAAAUUAUGUUUAUAUCAAUACCACUGAUGAAGAUUCUAUGGUUGUUCAAUAUAUACUUGCAUCUCGCAUAGGACGAAGAGAACUGAAACCAACACCACCACCACCUGCUAUAGAAACAAAAGAGGUGAAAAAAGAGGAAACUGAAGAUGUGAAGCCUGAAGAAAAUUCAGAAGGCAAAAACAUGGAUAGUGAAGUCAAAGAUGAAAUUGACGAAGAUAAACCAGUAAUUGCAGAUGAAAAUCAUGAAGAAAAUUCGGACGUAAAUGAUAGAAACUCAAAUGAUGCUGUCGAUGAUAAAUCAUUGAGGCUUGAUGAUGAUAAAUCUGAUGAAAUAAGUGAAAGUAAAGAGGAAGAAGCUGUAGAUUCUGAGGCAGCACCCGAAAACGCAGAUCAAAAAUCUGUUAGUGAAGUUAAGACUGAGCCUGUAUAUAUAGAUAUUGAAGAAUACUUUGUUAAAUACCGUAAUUUCUCAUAUUUGCAUUGCGAAUGGAAGACUGAAGAUGAGCUUUACAAAGGCGAUAAACGUAUUGCCUCUAAAUUAAAACGCUUCAAACAGAAGCAAGCCCAACAACUGAACAUUUUUGAAAAUUUAGAUGAUGAGCCAUUUAAUCCAGAUUAUGUUGAAGUUGAGCGUGUUCUUGAUGUUGCUGAGCAUACCGAACCAUCAACAAAUGAAACUAUUAAACACUACCUUGUCAAGUAAAGUUUGCAAUACGAAGACAGCACUUGGGAGUUGGAAGAAGAUGUUGAUCCUAAUAAAAAUAGAACAAUUUGAAGCAUUUCGAAAGUGCCGCCUAAAGAUAAAUGGAAACCUAAGAGAAAACCACCGGCUGAUGCUUGGGUUCAACUGGACGAAUCUCCUGUAUAUAAAUCUGGAAAUACUUUACGACCUUAUCAACUUGAAGGUCUCAAUUGGUUGACCUUUUCGUGGUAUAACGGUAGAAAUUGCAUAUUGGCUGAUGAAAUGGGUUUGGGAAAAACUAUUCAAAGUUUGACCUUUAUACAUUCAGUGUGGAAAUAUGGUAUCAGAGGACCAUUUUUGGUCAUUGCUCCACUUUCUACCAUUCCUAAUUGGCAACGGGAAUUAGAAGGUUGGACGGAUAUGAAUGUUAUUGUGUAUCACGGAUCGCAAGCCAGCAAAAAUAUGAUCCAAGAAUAUGAAAUGUUUUAUAAGAAUGAAAGAGGCAAUUUUAUAAAAGAUCUUACUAAGUUCAAUGUCUUGAUAACAACUUUUGAGAUCAUUGUGUCGGAUUUCGCGGAUCUUAAAGGUUUCAAUUGGAGAUUAUGUGUUAUAGAUGAAGCUCAUAGAUUGAAAAAUAGAAACUGCAAAUUGUUGGAGGGCUUACGUCAACUUCACAUGGAGCAUCGUGUUUUGUUAAGUGGUACUCCACUGCAAAACAAUGUAAAUGAAUUGUUUUCUCUUUUAAAUUUCUUAGAACCUCAACAAUUUGCAAGCAAUGAAGAAUUUUUACGGGAAUUCGGCGCAUUGAAAACGGAGCAAGAGGUUCAGAAAUUACAAGCUUUAUUGAAACCUAUGAUGCUCAGAAGAUUAAAAGAUGAUGUGGAGAAGUCUUUGGCGCCUAAAGAAGAGACUGUCGUAGAAGUUGAAUUAACAAACAUACAAAAGAAGUACUACCGAGGUAUUUUAGAACGGAACUUUUCGUUCUUAUCAAAGGGUACAACGUAUUCAAAUAUACCAAAUCUUAUGAAUACUAUGAUGGAACUUCGGAAAUGUUGUAUACAUCCUUACUUGUUAAACGGAGCAGAAGAUCAAAUCCUUGAUUACAGAAAUUCAUACGGUGAAGACCCGGACGCUUAUUAUAAGGCAUUAAUACAUUCGUCUGGUAAAAUGGUGUUGAUUGAUAAGUUGCUGCCGAAGUUAAAAGCGAAUGGUCAUCGCGUUUUGAUUUUCAGUCAAAUGGUUCGCUGUUUAGAUAUAUUAGAAGAUUAUUUAGUUUACAAAAAAUAUCCAUUCGAAAGAAUCGAUGGCAGAAUUCGCGGUAAUUUGCGUCAAGCCGCCAUCGAUAGAUAUUCUAAACCAGAUUCAGACAGAUUCGUAUUUUUAUUAUGUACAAAAGCCGGCGGUUUAGGUAUUAAUUUAACUGCUGCUGAUACUGUUAUAAUUUACGACAGUGACUGGAAUCCACAAAACGAUCUGCAAGCACAAGCCAGAUGUCACAGAAUCGGUCAACAAAAAAUGGUUAAAAUUUAUAGGCUUUUGUGCAGGAAUACAUAUGAAAGAGAAAUGUUUGAUAAGGCUUCUAUGAAGUUGGGUCUUGAUAAAGCUAUAUUGCAAAGUAUGAAUACCUCACAAGGCGGCAAAGACAGUGGCAAUAGGCAGCUAUCGAAGAAAGAAAUUGAAGAUUUACUUAAGAAAGGUGCUUAUGGGGCAAUUAUGGAUGAGGAUAACGCCGGUGAUAAAUUUUGUGAGGAGGAUAUUGAUAUGAUACUUGCGAGGCGCACGCAAGUAAUCACGAUGGAAUCGGAGAAAGGAUCUACAUUCUCAAAAGCUAGUUUUGCUGCUUCUGGAAAUCGGUCAGAUAUUAAUAUAGAUGAUCCAGAUUUUUGGAAAAAGUGGGCAAAGAAAGCUGAAAUCGACACAACUGAAAAAGACGAGAAAAAAGAGUUGGUAAUUUCGGAACCCAGGCGAAGAACUCAAAUAAAACGAUACGGACAUGAUGAUGGGGUAGUUGAUAUGUCAGAUAUGGAUUCUUCUGACAAUAGCGAUGUUGAAGCAGGAGGUUUAACAGGUCGAGCAAAACGGCGUAAGGAGAAGUUAGCCCGUAAACAAAGAGAAGAUGAAGAUUAUCUUUCAAGACAUGGUUUAGGAAUCGGCGAAGUCGGUGUUGCCAGUGAAACCAUCGUUUACGGAAGUUGGGCAAGAUCGGAAUGCUUCAAAAUUGAACGAGGUCUUCUCACAUUCGGGUGGGGUCGUUGGCAAGAAAUUUUACAACAUAGUCAAUUUAGACGUGGAUGGCAUGAAUCAGAUGUUGAAGAUUGCGCACGAGUAAUAAUUUUGUAUUGCUUGAGAUUCUAUAAAGGCGACGAAAAAAUAAAGAAUUUCAUUUGGGAUCUUGUAACACCUACUGAAUCUGGUGAAGUUCAAAAAAUUACCAGAAAUCAUAGCGGUUUGCAUAAUCCUGUACCCAGGGGUCGUAAUGCUAAAGGCAAAAAGGGCGGUAAAGGUCCCCGAGAAUCCCCAAAGGAUCCAACUAAAAGCAUGACUGCACAAAUCAGCAUGGAUCCAAAUCAUUGGAGCAAAAAUGAAAAAUACGAUGGUGAUAUCUAUUUAGAAAACAAUUACAAAAAGCAUUUGCAUCGACAUGCUAAUAGGGUGUUGCUGAGAGUGCGUAUGCUUUAUUAUAUAAAACAUGAAAUAAUUGGUGAUUUAGUGCAACACAUUAAUGAAGGUGUACAUAUAAGCUCAAUCCCGAUACGUCUGCCUGCUUGUGAUUUGCCACCGCGGUCUUGGUGGGACGCCGAGUGCGAUAAGUCGCUGAUGGCCGGAACCCUAAAGCAUGGUUUCGAGUGUUAUAACCUUAUGCGCGCCGAUCCGACGUUGUGCUUCCUGAAGCACUGCGGUGCCCCGGCACGAACCAAACGACAAACCAACAACAAAGACGACGAAAAUCCAGAAAUUAUCAAUGAAGAUGAGUCUAACUCAAAGCUUGAUGAUCAAGACGAUAUGUGCAACGAUGAUGACCAAUCAAAAAUGGAUACUUCACCAUCGGGUAUUGGUGAAAAUUCUGAAUCUAAAGAUGGUGAUCAAAAUGAUGAUAUUGAUCAGCAGAGUUCUACAGGUACAUAUCAGUUUGGAGAUGAUGAUACCUCAGUGGGCAAUGCGGAUGACCAAUGGCCUACUAUGCAAGAUCUAAAUACGCGCUUAAGAAGAGUUAUUACUUCUUACCAAAGAAAUUACAAGAGGGAAGAAUUAAAAAUGCAACAGAAGGCUAAGUCUUCCAAACUGGCUCCUUCCACAUCUGCCGGCCUAGUACCGUGCAGUGCCCCCGGCACCCCCCCACCGGUCGUCGCCCCCAACAUGGUCGCCACCCUUGCUAAUAUGGCGGCCAUGCUGCCAGGCGAUGCCUCGAAUAUGGAUCUGCAGAAAUUAGCUAUGUACUUGUUGAAAAUAGAACGAAGAGAAAAGGUUGAACAAAUGAUGAGAGAACGAGAACAACGUCAUCACAGAUCCGUUGAUAUAAUACCAUCACCAACACCGUCUGCACACACUCCUGCACCCAAGAAAUGGUCCAAGCGCGAAGAACAAGAUUUCUUCAAAACUGUUUGCAAUUAUGGUGUCGAAUAUGAUCCAAAAACAGACAGUUACAACUGGACAAAAUUCCGCGCUUUGAGUAAACUUGAUCAAAAGUCUGAUGAAGCAUUCACAGAAUAUUACAAAGGAUUUUUGGCUAUGUGUAAAAACGUUGUUGGUUUGGGAGAUAAUACGGAAUUGUUGGUGGAAGCAAUUAGUGAAGAGAAAGCUCGGCGUACUUUGGAAAGAAUUGAUUUACUGAAUAAAAUUCGGGAGGAAAUUGUACAUCUACCUGACUUAAAAGAAAAGUUGUCGAUAUGCCUAAAUAAUCGCGACACACCAGAUUGGUGGAUACCAGGUGUGCAUGAUGAGCAAUUAAUUAUUGGAGUUACAAGGCAUGGUCUUGGAAAUACUGAACAGACAAUAUUUAAUGAUCCUGAUCUAAAAUUCAACAUAAAAACAGUUGAAAAGACAGAAGAUAAAAAUGUAGAGUCUAAAGAUGCUGUCAAAUUGGAAAGUCAUGAAGAUUUGCUAAAAUUAGAUAAGGAUGAGAUUUUAGUUCAACUUGAAAAAGGCGAAGGGACAUUGAAAAUAGAGAAGGUUGCUGUGAAGAAAGAUGAUAAAGAUGCCGUUGAAAAAGACAGUGAAGUAGUUGAUGAGAAGAGCGAAAAUGUGGAAGAGACUACUGGUGACAAAAAAGAGUCUGAAGUUAAAGAACCUGAAGAUAACAAAGAAAACACAGCUACAACUGAAGAGCUUAAGAAGGAUGAUGAAGUGAAAUCUGAAGCAGAUGUGCAAGAAACACAAUCAGAGACGACGACUACUAUUGAAAAUGAUGACGAGAAACAAAAAACAGCUGAUAAAACUGAUGUAACAGAAGAAGAUAAACCAGAUAAAGUUGAUAAACCUGAAGAAAAGACUGAAGUGGAUGCUGCUAAUGAAGAAGCAUGCACUAAACAAGCUGCUGAAUUGAAAGCUAUGUUCCCUGAUUUGGAAGUUAUUCAACUCAUUCUCAAACAAAGUGAAACUGAAAUGAAACAACAGAAAUGGUUUCGGGAAUACGCAUUGCAAGUCCGCCUGCAGCAUGUGGUGCAUUGCAUAGAACACAACGAAUGGCCAGUAAACAACAUGUUCACUGCAUAUCUUAACGGACUGGGAGCUGAAAUGGAUGCACCCAUUCAUGAAAGUUGCUUAUCUCUUCCCAAGCGUGAUACAAGCACACCUUUGUCAGUAUCUGAGGGUUCUGAAAUAAUAACCAUCACUACAGACCAUGGACUAUCUAGGCAAAAUCAGGGUAAGAAGCGGAAGAGACAUAUUGCUAUAGAUGUUGAAACAGAAAGAGCUAAAUUGCAUGCAUUGUUGAACAACAGCCAAUCUGGAUCAGGUUCAAAUCUAUUGAAAUCAAACUCAUCAUUGACCGUGACAAGUGUAUCUUCAAAUCCAGGAAGUGUGUCAUCUGCACUUUCACCCGCACUCACGGUUGGCACUAUUUGGGAUGAUGAUCCAACUCCUCCACCUGCCCAUCAAGGCGGCGGUAGUAGAACAACGACAAACUAUCCGAAACAAUCUCCAUUAAAUAUGAUUAGCAAUACUAGUAGUAGUCCAUUUGCUCCAAUUGAUUUAUCUUCAGGGCUUACUAAACCAACUACUUCUGACAAGACCAAUACUAGUUCAUUCGAUAUGAGCGAAGUUCAAGAUUUUUCUAUGUCGAAACCAAAAAGUUCUGGAAAUACACCGGGUAGUCCAUCUACAACCAAUACUCCUGCAUUUAGCAGUGGAAAGGGAAAAUUAGAUAAUAUGCUUACAAAAUUAAUGAAGAAAAACAAUUGUUCCAUUGAAGAACCUGUAGUUGGAAAAGAAAAGAAACGACGUAAGCUGGAUGAAAUUGUUCUUGGGUUAUCUGCAGCAAAGGAGCACAAUAAACCACCAUUAUCAUCAUAUCCUCCAAUAGAAGCAACAGUUAAGAAACCACAAGUAACACCAAGUGUUUCCGUGUUGCCUGCUCUUGCAGUAUCCAGUUCUAGUAAUUCUAGCUCAAACCAAAAACCAUUCACAAUAACAGUUACAAGCAUUCCUUCUACCUCAAAAGCAGGUUCAAGUUCUCAAUCUAGCAGUUCCCAACUUCCAUCAAAAACGGAUUCAUUUGCUGCGUUUUUGCAGCAGGCUGAACAACAAAAUUUAUUGUUGAAGCAGCAGCAGAAACUUUUGCAAAACUUGCCAUCGACAUCUGCCCAAAGGAAAAGCUAUGAAGCAAUUCUUGCAAGUAUAAAUAAAGCAGCAGAUUAUAGUCCAAAAUUGCCUGGAUCUUACUCACAUGAAGCAAAAGUCAAUAAAUGGUUGGCAGAGCAGAAUGCUGUUAUACCAGAGCAGCCAUUAGGAGCAGAUUACUUAUCCCGAAGAAGAAGACCGAGGAUGGAUCCUACAAUUUUGGAUUGGAAGAAAUUAACUGGAGAGGAAAAUGUCUCUGUGAUUCAUCGCACUACAGGCAAAAAAAUUACUGGGAGCAAAGCACCUCAAUUGAAAAGACUAAGUCAAUGGCUUAUAGAGAAUCCAAUGUAUGAUGUGGAUCCAAAAUGGUCGGAACUUGUAAAAGAAAGUAAACCUUCUUUAGAUCCUAAAUUGCAGCGACCACUGAGCAGUGGCAGUCUAAGUUCUAACCCAGAGAGGAAGAAGAGUAGAAAUAUGCUUGAGUCUCCAAGUGUUUCUCCAUCUGUGAGCAGUGCAAAUUUAGCUACUUCUUUAGCUUCCAGUAUGCAGUUUCCUUCUUUAGGUGCUAGCAGUUUAUCCGGGUUGAAUAGUAGCUUGCUCUCUGGUAUGUCAGGAAUGGGUGCUUUUGAUCCAAAGAAUCCAUUAUUAAUGCCAUUUGGUGGCAUGCCAAAUAUGAAUGCUUUGGCGGGAAUGAGUGGGCUUGGGAACUUAAGUAAUAUGAAUCUCUUUGCCAAUCUUGCCAGCUUGGGUCUACCAGGCUUGCCAGGGAUGGAUGGCUCCGCAAUGAGUGCUGAUGGUAACUUGUCAUCUCCAGGUGGAACAUCAGGAAGCAAUAAAGCUAAAAGGAAGAGUUCGGAUUCGCAUACUUCAGGCAAAACUCCCACAUCAUCAUCUAGUUCAAGUUCAAUACCUACGACAUCACCUUUCCCAUUUUUCUUCCCUAAUCCUAGCCUUUUGUACACACCUCUUGGAUUGGGUUCUGCUCUCAAUCCAUUUUCACUCCAACCUGGUAUGUCUGCAUACGAUACUUUAGCUCAGCAAUGCAGUCUUUUGAAUGGAGGGCUAGGUGUGAGUUCAUCUUCUACCACAACAACAUCUCCAUCAACAAGCUCUCGGCCUUCAAGUAAAACCAGCUCCAGGGUUUCCAUGACACAAUCUUCACCAAGUAGUAGGCAUAACCGAGAUAAAUUACAGCAACAAGCUGCUGCACAAUUGCAUCAGCAGCAACUGCAGCAGCUUUUGUUACCACAUGAUACACAUUUAUUGGAGACUCUCAGCAGAGCCACCAGCUUGGAAGCAGCACAGGCGGCUCUGAGAAAUGCCACUGAGAAACAUCAGAGAUCUGAGAGUAGAAAUCAGUCUGAUCAAUUGAAACUUGAGAAGGAAAAGCGGAAGAUUUUUGAACAAAUUACUAGAAGUACACUACCUGCUGCUGCAUCUGACUUUGUCACAGCUCAUGAACGAAUGAAUAAGACCUCAAAGAGGGAUGACAAGAAACCUUUAGAUUCAAGUGUAGAUAUAAGCAAAGCUUUAUUAGCAGAGAUGGCUGCUAGUGCGAUGGCAGCGUCCACAGGGUCUUCUAAACGAUCUAGAGAACAAGAAAUGAAAGAAGCCUUAGAGCACCUUAGUAAAACGUCUGCAGAAUUAAUAGCUAGAAGUCUUGCUGCGGACGAACAGCAAAGGCCGCCAAGCGCGCAUAAAAGACCUCGUGAUACUCCUACCAAAGAACAAGAAAUUACAAAUGUUCCAGACGAAUUACCUAUAAAACGACUUCGUGAAACUACGAUAGAAAAAGUGGCGCCCGCGUCGGACAGCCAAUCAGCGGCGAAUGCGGCCCCACAAAAUACCAAUGAAAUGGACAUUGAAGAUUUGAUAGCCCCUUCUACAGUAGUAAAAGGAGGAUCUCUAGUUGUGGAAACCACCAAUGUUGAAGACAAAAUUAGCAAUGCAGCUUCACCUGCUGCAUCAAUAUCUCAAAUAACAUCGCCUGUGCCUGCUGCCAGCCAGUCUGGGGAAUUGUCUGAGCAGUCACAAGUGAGGAUAAAGACACCCACUCUGCUGAUGCUCAGUCUGGUAAUUCAGAGUCUGAUAGUCCAGAAUCUGCGGCGAAAAAAGCCAAUAAGAAGCGUAACAAGAGGCCGAGAUCGGGCGAAUUGGAACCUGAAGUUAUUGCACCAGAGCGUAAGAGGGAAUUGCGAUCUAGUGCAGGAAGGGCUGCGGCUGCUGCUGCCGCCAGAGCUGCAGCAGAAGCAGCUGCUGCCAAACAACAAAUUACACAGAUACCUGCAGAAACGGAGGAGAUAUGAUGUGUUUCCACUCGUACUAGGAAAUUGAGAAAGUGAUCAUAGCUUAUUUAACAAAAAUUAAAAAACUAUGAGAUUAAAUAGUGUUGUGUUCUAAAAUAUAGACUAGAUAUAAUAGGUGACCCAAAAUAUUAUUAUGAAUGACUGUUCAGAAUUUGAACUGCUACUGAAUAUUGUAAUGUAUUCCGGACGUUUCAUAAAUAUGUUUUUGUGGUAUUUGUGUUUUAACAAACUGUUAUAUUAAUAACUUUUUUGUUUGUUGUGCAUUCUGUGAUAGCCGUUUCUGACAUUAGAAAAGUUCAGGGACAUCAACCCUUUUAACACGUUGAUUAGGCAAGAAGAAUGCCUUGACCUUGAUGUAUAUAUAUACUAACUUAUUUUAUAAAAUUUUCUAUUUCUAUUUUAGUUUGAACAAAUUUUAUUUCCAAGUAUUAUAUGCUAUAAAGUAUUUUAAACAAUUGUAUAACUUUUGUAAUUCGAUUCUGUUAUGACUCUUAUAUUUAGUACAAAUUAAUAAAAUAAAUUAAUCCAUUGUA